GCAGCAUAACCAGUCGAAGUGAAUUUCUUGUGGUUGUUCGGUAAUUUUGAAAGUUGAAAGAAGCAAGGACAACCAAAAGGAUGAUACACUCCGGGCGCACCAAGCUCGAGUGUCAAGUGAAUUACAGUGACGUAAAUCGCUCCCUCUACUGCACACUAGUCAGUGGUUCAUAGCUAUGGCUUAGAUGCCGUUAUCUGAUGACUUCAUAAUUUUACUAUCAGUCUAGCACUUGUUUUGUGAUUGGUUAGAUUAAGGCUGUUCGGUUGCUGUUCUAUUCAGAGCUAAGCAUUCAGUCGCUCUUCGUGAAGCGUUGACUAUUCUAAGAAUUGCUGCAAAAAUAGUACCAAGUAUAUGUAUAUUCAAGCUGCAGAAUUGGGAAACGUUGAUGAAGAAGUAUAAUAUGCAAAUAAGAAACAUUACGAAUGAGAAUUAGACAAUUACAAAUGGUAUGAGCAAGAGAGAGAAAUAUGGAUAAGCAAGUGACGCAAAGCACUCUGUUAUGAAAUUAAAGGAGUUGUAUGUACAAAGUGACUGUUGACUAUCGGCGGAGACAAUUAUCUAAUUCAUUUAACGGAAAAAAGCAAGUCGAAUCGGCGUUGGUGGUGGAGGUCAGAUACAAGGAGUCGAGGAAGCCGGAAGCGGCGGGGGUCAGUGGUGGCGACAACAGCAACCCUCGCAUCAUCAUCAUCAUCAUCACCAUCAUCACCACCAUCACAGUGGUUACUACACUGCUCAACACAAUCACAACAAUCCUGUCACCACGAUGAAGCAGUCUUACAUGCAGUUGACACGAGUCUUUCAUGAUGAUGAAGCACAGAUUAAUAAGAAGCUUCCAAAGGAACUAUUACUUAGGAUUUUAUCAUACUUGGACGUGGUUUCGCUGUGUCGAUGUGCCCAAGUCAGCAAAGCUUGGAACGUUUUGGCCUUGGAUGGAUCCAACUGGCAGAGAAUUGAUUUGUUUGAUUUUCAACGGGAUGUCGAGGGUCCCGUUAUUGAAAACAUAUCCAGACGCUGUGGUGGAUUUCUUAGACAGUUAUCAUUGAGGGGAUGCCAAAGUAUAGGGAACAAUUCGAUGCGCACAUUGGCCCAAUUAUGUCCGAACAUUGAAGAGCUUAAUCUAAGUCGAUGCAAAAAGAUAUCGGACACAACGUGUGCUGCGUUGAGUAGUCAUUGCUCAAAAUUACAACGACUGAAUUUAGACUCGUGUCCCGAAGUGACGGACCUUUCUCUAAAAGAUCUCUCCGAAGGCUGCCCUCUUUUGACGCACGUCAACCUCUCGUGGUGCGAACUUCUCACGGAUAACGGGGUUGAAGCUUUGGCCAGGGGAUGUCCAGAGCUAAGAAGUUUUCUUAGCAAAGGUUGCCGGCAACUAACUGACAGAGCCGUCAAAUGUUUGGCUCGGUAUUGUCCUAACAUGGAGGCCAUUAAUUUACAUGAAUGUAGAAAUAUCACUGACGAUGCUGUACGAGAGCUUAGCGAGCGGUGUUCCAGACUUCACUACGUUUGUUUGUCCAACUGUCCUAAUCUUACAGACGCAGCGUUAGUAACACUGGCGCAACACUGUCCAUUAUUAGGAACACUUGAAUGUGUUGCAUGCACGCACUUCACUGAUGCUGGAUUCCAAGCCUUGGCCAGAAAUUGCAGAUUGUUGGAGAAAAUGGACCUGGAGGAGUGCGUCUUGAUUACGGAUGCCACCUUGAUACAUUUGGCCAUGGGAUGUCCUCGACUGGAAAAACUCAGCUUAUCCCACUGCGAACUUAUAACUGACGAGGGUAUUCGGCAACUGGCACUAUCCCCAUGUGCGUCCGAACACCUGGCAGUUCUGGAACUGGACAAUUGUCCUUUGAUCACUGAUGCCAGUCUUGAUCAUUUGCUCCAAGCUUGUCACAAUCUGCAGCGCAUCGAACUCUAUGACUGUCAGCUCAUCACUAGAGCUGGCAUACGAAGAUUGAGGACACACCUUCCGAACAUAAAGGUUCACGCAUAUUUUGCACCAGUCACACCUCCACCAAGUGCUGGAGCAUCGAGACAACGUUACUGCAGAUGUUGCGUGAUACUGUGAUCUGUUCAUUUGUUUGAUAAUUAAACGUAAUGGGCUACUGUUGUGAUUACGGGAUUUGUGAACGGUUCGCGAUACCCGGAAUCGGGAGAACGAUACAUGCCUGAUGCGGUGAAUCACUAUGCAAUGUUGGCUGACGGCGCGAAUUGAAUCUUCGAUGAUCAAUAGCCCGUGUACUUGUCAACGAUUGAAUAAUAAUUCAUUAUCUAUUAUUGUUUAAUGCGUUCUGCCCGUCUCAUGCUUGGAGAGUGAAUCACGAAUAGAUUUUGUUGCUGUGCAUCUGAGUCGUUGACACAUGGAUAGCGCGUCGCUAGUGCUGGAAGUCAUUUCUACAUCGCACGAGAUUUGUUGCUUUACUCACACAGUGCGAGUAACAGUGUGAUAAUCAAGUCUAUACCAUUAGUUUCUAUAUUUCUACUUAUCGUUUCUUGGUUUCUUAAAAGCCAAAGCGUACGACACUCGGUACAAAGACGCAAUGCUGCUGUUAGAAAUUUGGUAACUGGUUGAAACUGGUAUUUUUUUUACCGCGUCAUUAUUUGAUUCAACAGACCCGCUGGGGAUUUUAUUUCGUUGUUUCGUAACUUAUAUCUGUCACAUCGUAAUGCGUAACUAUUUGCGAAUUGCCCAAGUAUUAUAUGUACAUGUAAUCAUUAUCAUUAAUUUUCUUUCAUUUUUUACUCAACUUGGACGCUUUUGUCGUGAUCCUGGCUAGGAGAGUACAGAGACUGACAAACGGAUCAAAGCGUAAUUUCAAUUCACGUUUGAAGUACAUAUUUCUCAGUAGCCUACCGCAGAUCAGAUACACUGGUAUGUGUAAUCAGAAAUUGCAUUCGUAUUAUACAUGUAUAUGUGGGGCAUUCCUCUUCAACUAUACCAACAUUCGCGGGAAGUUCGGUGAAAUUUUUUUUAUGGGAUUGAGUAAAGCUACGUAAAUAGUUGAAGAAAUUGAUUUUCAUGACUGUGGCCCGUCAAUAAUAAUAACAGUAAUAAUUAUCAUUCAUGGACAACUAACGGUUUGUGAAAAUAAUCGUACUCAGAACAAAUGUACGGUUCACAGAUGUCAAUAACGUGGCAAAACAUGGAUAAAAUCCUAAAUGAUCAAGGUUGAAUGUUGGUCAAGUUGGCAUGGAAUAUCCCAUAUCUAUAUACAGUAAGGUGAUAUGUACACGAAGUAAUCAUUAGUGGCAAUAAAUUUGCCGCGAUAUACCUUAUAUAUUUGAAUAAACUGACGAUAAUCUAAAACUAUAUUAUAUAAUAUUGUAAGAAAAAACGAGAAGAAAAUUUCGAGAAAAGCGGAAAGAAAUGAAAAAAAAAACAAUUGAAACAAAUUACCCAUAAUAAUAAUAAUAAUUACCAUUAUUAUUAUGAUAAUAAGAUAUGUUUUAUACGCUGCUGGUCGUCUUUAGAAUUAUACGUAAUCAUAAAGUGUAGUCUGUGCAAAUGUUGAUGUAUGUUACUAAUGCGUAUGUAUGCUAUUUCACUAAAUUUGGCACCAACGUAAUGUAUUCUUUUUAUUCGUUGCUAAAGGUAGCAACACUUAGUUAUUCGGUAUUUCCGAUGAGGCCGGUGCUAUAUCAACAUUAGCUUGGGUGUUGGUGUUAGGCUUAGUGAAUAAGUCGUUUCGAAUAAUGAGCCCUACACAUUAUAUACAAGGUGAUUGAUUAUUAUUAAUAGCUCCAGGCGGAUAUCUCGAAAACGAAAAGAGAAACGUUGAAACAUUAGAAGAAUUUGAGUUUUCAAUUUAAAUUUGCCAAAAAUUCGGUAAGAUUUCUUGACUUUUCCAUAAUAUUUCCAGGUAAAAUAAAAAUCUGACUAAUCUAGAUUUUCUAGGUUUUCCGGGUUUUCACGUAGAGUGAUAAUCCGAAGUUUGCUAUUAUCUCGCCAUUAGCUGCUUGUAUCCAAAAUAUAUAUUCUCCGUCUAAAAUCAGACAUUAGUUGCGAAAUCUCGGAAAUGGUACGACCCUGAAGCCAACGCAUAUCGGUAUCAUCUUCCCCCUUCGAAACACUCUAAGUUUUGUGUAAAACUUUUUUUGUACCUUUUCAUUCUUGGGAUGUUCGCCAGAGAUGCAUGAAAUCGACUACCCUGUAUAAUAGAGUACAGAGUUGCGUUCUCGAUAUAUUUAAGUAAUUAGAGUGUGCCUGAAAUUUUUUUUGUGGUUUUUAAACCCAAUAGGAGAAAUUCAUCAUUACGGGUACAGUACCGCUGAUGUGCACUGCCCUCAAUCAUUUUUAAUGCCACAUGUGAACGCGUUUUGAAAAUAUUGGUCCCCAAAAAUUCUGAUCUCAUAUUAAAAUCUUGUUUGGUCAUGAGUUUGCAAGAUUCCUCUCAUGAGCGACGUUGAUUACAUCUUGACUUCCUUCCCUUUGUACAGUCAGUGUCACGGUAAACUCUUGCAGAAGUCAAUGGUAGUUGUUUAAUAGUCAAGUGCACUAUAAUCACAUAGAGUUGAAUUUCCUAUAAUAAUUAAUUUCAAAGUGUGAACGCUGGUUGAGAUUGGGUUAGCUGUACGUCCAGUGAAUAUAGAGUAGGUACGUAAGAUGAGAAAUUCGGUAUUUGUCACACGUGAUUCUAUAUAAAUAUUAUCAAACUUUCUUGAAACAUUUUCAUUCUUUUUUUUUUUUUUUUUUCAUUUUUUCGUUAAAAUGGAGUGUGUUUGAGCAAGUGUUUGGCUGUGCAGUAGAAUAGAUGAAUUGAAUAUAAAAGAAAAACGUAGAAACCAUCAAAAGUGUUUAUCUGCCUGUCGAACGCCUCUUUUAUUACAUAAUACGCCUGUGAUACAAGUAAAUUAAUACCAGUUACAAUAAUUUGUAAAUGAAUGAAUGAGUGAAGUGGCUCUCAGAUAUCGAUAUCUUAUACCAAACGUAAAAACGGUAAAGAUAAAAUAAAGUAAAAACAUAAUUAGAAAAUUAACAUACCCUAUGAUAAAUACAAUUUCCAAGGAGCAAAUCGAAGUAUGUUGUAUAUCGAAAAAUAAUACAUACCUAUACUGUCAAUGCAAAAUAUUUAUCCCAACAUAACGCAAUUUGUAUUUACGUAGAGUUUCAAGUUGCACGCAACACUGUAUUAUUGGACUCUCAUUACGCAAAAGGCACUUUUCCAAACGAUCUAUGUGUUUAUUACUACUCUAUCAAUGUGUAGUCACUCUGUAGUUAGGACCAGUGUUGCAUUAAAUACUACCCAGGAAAAGAGGAGAAUGGGGGAAAAAUAUUAAUCACACUAAAAUCGCUAUGAAAUAAAAUAUUCGUCUACGAUUUAAGGAUUAACUUUGUUGCUUGUUCGGAUAACUCAUUUGCUUGCAUCCCCCAUCCCGACAAACGAAAA